AUGGAGGGAUCUAAAUCCAAUCCCACUGUUGCUAACGCUUUACAGUCCAAGAAGCUUAGAGUAUCCAUAAAUCUUAAAGGGACUUUGCUGGAUCCGGUGGACCUAACGGUUCGCACUUCGAUUCUUGGUGACUUCUUGAGGCUCUGUCGCCUUUCCAGCUUGUACACAGUCACGCAGGUUGCAGAUGAUGCCGAAGAGGAAAAAAUAUUGGACAUACUUGAAAAAUGCGCAUCGUUUGAGACAGGACUUAAUAGACACCGUGUGAUGUUCUGCGACACUUGCCAUGGAGCGGUAUCUAUGAUCCGCCAAUUGCAGCCUCAGAUGCACAUCGAAGAUAACGGAUGGAUAACGACUCAGCUAGAGGGCAAAGUGCCGCGAGUCUGCCCAGCCAAAGAGGGUUUAAAGUUCUUAGAACAAUCCCUCAGAAGUCAUAGAUCGUAA